ACUAAUUUGAACGACGAAUCAAUCAUCACUCCCAAACUUUCAAGCAAAAAGCUUUAUUUUUACUUUACAUUGAUUGUUUUAAAGGCUACUUGUUUUAUUUUGUUUUACUGUGGCACUCAUAGUGAUAAAAGGACUUUUCAAGGGCGUGAAAGCAUUUCGACCGUUUGGCGAUGAACUGUGGUGAAAUAAUGAAUGGUGAUGCUCCAAGAAGAAAGGUGGCACUAAUAACCGGUAUAACUGGUCAAGAUGGAUCCUAUUUGGCCGAGUUUUUACUGUCAAUGAAUUACAUUGUUCACGGCAUAAUAAGAAGAUCAAGCUCAUUCAACACGGGUCGAGUAAACCACAUCUAUGAGAAGAACAAAGCUUUGAAGGAUAAAACGUUUUUCCUACAUUAUGGUGAUAUGACUGAUAGUUCUUCACUAAUCAAAGUCAUCAGUAAAGUUAUGCCGGACGAAAUAUACAAUCUGGCUGCUCAGUCACAUGUGAAGGUGUCGUUCGAGCUUAGUGAAUAUACUGGUGAAGUGGUUGCCAUCGGUACUUUACGUAUGUUAGAUGCUAUCCGGACUUGCAAAUUGGAGAAUAAAGUUAAGUUUUAUCAGGCUUCAAGUAGCGAGCUCUAUGGGAAAGUCGCCGAAGUUCCGCAGAGUGAGAAAACACCUUUCCAUCCUAGAUCACCGUACAGUGUCGCUAAACUGUAUGCCUUUUGGAUUGUUGUGAAUUAUCGGGAGUCAUAUGGAAUGUUUGCCUGCAACGGAAUUCUCUUCAAUCAUGAAAGUCCUCGGAGAGGUGAAACUUUUGUUACCAGAAAAAUUUCACGAGCAGUUGUGCGAAUUAAAAAGGGUUUACAAGACGUUUUAGAACUAGGAAAUUUGAAUGCUGAACGCGACUGGGGCUUUGCUGGUGAUUACGUUAAGGCCAUGUGGCUUAUGCUUCAGCGUGAUACUCCAGAGGAUUUCGUUAUUGCAUCUGGGGAAAAACAUUCUGUUCGUGAAUUCACCAGUUUAGCUUUCGAACAUGCUGGAAUCCACAUAGUUUGGAAGGGUACUGGUAUUGAUGAAGUUGGUAUUGAUUCAGCUACAGGGAAGGUUCUUGUUCGUGUUAAUGAACGGUAUUUCCGUCCAGCGGAAGUGGAUGAAUUAUUGGGUGAUUGUACUCGUGCUAAAGAAGUGUUGAAAUGGGAGCCUACUUGUGGUUUCAAAGACCUUGUUAAACUUAUGGUAGAUGAAGAUAUGAAACUAUUGGAAUCUGGUCUCACUCCUAUCUAACUUUAUAUUAUAUAUGUAAUGUAUUUUUUCACUGUAAUCUGGAGUUUUUUACAAUUUUUGUUUAUUAUUUCUAUACUACUGUCUCUGUUAUGAAUUGAUUUCUACAAGGCGUUCAUUGUUUCCUUCCUCUCUCUUUGUGAUAUGAAAUUCUUAUUUCUGUAAUAAAAUGUGAUGAACAAGUAGAUAAAAAAUGUAUCAUUUAAAAAAAUAUCAGUCCGUGUUAAUUCCUUACAGCUUGAAAAUCUCAAAUGGUGCAUUGAAAGCGUAAUUGAUUUGUCCACUUGUAUUUCGUUAUGU